AUGUUAGUUACAAAUCCCAGUAUAAUUGAAAUGUUUCCUAUGGAAUUAUGGUUAGAAAUAUUCAAUUAUUUCAACUCAAAUGAUUUAUGGCACUCAUUUCAUGAUUUAAAUAGGAAAAUUGAUGCAAUGAUUGAGCAAACUCUAUUACAUUUAAAUUUUAAAGAACAAGACAGUUAUUAUUACUUUAUGAAAAAUAUGUUACCGGUAUUGAAUGUUGCCAAUGUUCGAUCAUUAAAAUUACAAGAACCCAUUAAAGUAAUUGAUUUUUUCUCUACUUUUCCUCUUAGCUCAUUAAUACAACUUCGUGUUUUAUCAUUAAAUCUUAUAUAUUCUUCUGGUGAUUCAUCACUUAAACCUUGGAAUCAACUUUCAUCUUUGAAAUAUCUACAAUCAUUGAACAUUAUGCUUUGUCGAUCAACAGGCGGUUGGGAUAAUAGUAAUGAAGAGAAGGUAUUGAUUAUUCAUUCAAUAUUCAAUCAAAAUUUUUGCCCAUUAUUAAAAUCAUUGAUCAUCGCAACGGGUGAAUUUGCACGCGUUACUUCACUUCCUUCUUUAAUUGCAAUACCUAAAAUGACUAUUAUCGAAUAUCUAUCGAUUGACGCAUUAUAUUUUGAAGAUUUAAUUAAAUUACUACCUGCUCUACGAAAUGUGAAAUCAUUUCACAUAGAUGAAGGAGUUUAUUUUAAUGAUAUGAAUGAUAUACGAUCGAGGAAAAUGAUCUUUCGAACACCAUUCAUGCCUAAGUGUAUUCGUCUACAUUUGAAUUUAGAAAUGGGUACAACUUUUGACCAUAUCAAGUAUAUACUGAAGCAUACACCAAAUUUACAAGGUUUAUUUUUAUCGAUUCGCCCGAAUUUACUUAAUGCAAAAAGAUGGGAAAAAUUAUUAUCAUCAAAAUGUCCGAACCUAUUGAAAUUGGAACUUACAUGCACUGAUUAUAGGUAUGGGGAUUAUAGUGCAGUCGUCUAUGAAAGACUAGAAACUUUUGAACGUGAACGUCAAACACCAUUUUGGAUUGAACGAAAUACUACAAUUUCAUAUGUUCAAGGCUAUGAUCAUGCUAAUCAUAUAGUUCGAUCUUAUAUUACUAAAGUGAGUUUUAUAUUAAUAUUAAGAGUAGACCUUUAG